AUGCGCCCCUGUACCGCCUCCUCAUGCUGCUGCCAGGCCCGUAAUCUGCCAUGGGCCCCCGUACCAACUCCUCAUGCUGCUGCCAGGCCCGUAAUCUGUCAUGGGCCCCUGUACCGCCUCCUCAUGCUGCUGCCAGGUCCAGAGUGUGUCAUGGGUCCCUGUACGGCCUCCCAUUGCUGCUGUCUCCAUCGCCACACUCUGCCAUGUGCCACUUUCAGGUCUCCUCACACUGCUGGUGGUUUCCAUUUUUGUCAUAGGGUGCUGUAUGGCCUCCCAUUGCUGCUGCCUCCACCGCCACACUGUGGCUCCACACUCUGGUUUUGGCCCCGUGACUGCCCAAAUGAGUGAAGUGUGCGGUGAUUCUAAGAUCGACGGCACUCAUCUGCAUGUCAUACUGACUCUCAGUAUUAUUUCUCUUCCCCAGCAGACUCCAAGGGCAUUUAAAUUAAAGGUACAGUGUUCUGCACUAAUAUAA